AAAGUACUUUUACACUGUUCUCCAAGAACAGUCUGGUAGCUAAAGGGAAGCUGGCAAGCAACAUCACAGAUUCAAGUGUGACAAAUAACCACAGGAAGAAAGUCUGGUCUUGCUUUGUACAAACAUGGAAAGCAACUCUGAAGAGCCUCCUCAUUGCAAGCAAAAAUCAGCAAAUGGGAAUUGUGUUGCUCCACCCAUCUCCAAAGAGCAGAAGAAUUUUGAUAUGCUCUAUACAAUCGAAGAUGCUCCCCCAUGGUAUCUUUGCAUCCUCCUGGGAUUUCAGCACUACUUGACGUGUUUCAGUGGCACCAUCGCCGUUCCCUUCCUUCUGGCAGAGUCUCUCUGUGUAGGGAAGGACCAGUAUACCAUCAGUCAACUUAUUGGCACCAUCUUCAGCUGUGUGGGCAUCACCACCCUCAUCCAAAGCACUGUGGGCAUUAGGCUUCCUCUGUUUCAAGCCAGUGCCCUGGCAUUCCUGGUUCCUGCCAAAUCCAUCUUGGCCCUGGAAAAAUGGAAAUGUCCUCCAGAAGACCAAAUCUAUGGCAAUUGGACAUUACCACUGAGCACUUCUCACAUAUGGCAACCAAGAAUGAGAGAAAUCCAAGGAGCCAUCAUCAUUUCCAGCCUGGUGGAAGUGGCAAUUGGAUUGCUGGGCAUUCCUGGAGUCUUGCUCAGCUACAUUGGGCCCCUGACAGUCACACCCACUGUCUCCUUAAUAGGUCUCUCAGUCUUCCAAGCAGCAGGAGAUAGAGCUGGAACACACUGGGGCAUUGCUGCAUUGUCUAUUUUUUUAAUUAUUCUGUUUGCUCAGUACCUACGAAACGUUUCUUUCAUUCUUCCUGGGUAUAAAUAUGGGAAAGGCUGCAUAUUGAUCCGGGUACAGAUCUUCAAGAUGUUUCCAAUCAUACUAGCCAUUUUGGUGGUCUGGCUGCUUUGUUACAUUCUGACAGUGACGGAUGUGUUUCCUCGGGAUGCCAAUGCCUACGGAUUCAAGGCCAGAACAGAUGCUAGAGGAGAAAUCUUGUCCAUAGCACCUUGGUUCCGCUUUCCCUACCCCUGUCAGUGGGGGAUGCCCACAGUGACUGCGGCUGCUGUGCUGGGAAUGUUCAGUGCUACAUUAUCUGGCAUCAUUGAGUCCAUCGGAGAUUAUUAUGCUUGCGCCCGACUUGCAGGCGCUCCCCCGCCACCAGUCCAUGCAAUCAAUAGAGGCAUUUUUACAGAGGGAAUCUGCUGUAUUAUUGCCGGGUUGCUGGGCACUGGCAACGGUUCUACUUCCUCCAGCCCAAAUAUUGGAGUCUUGGGCAUCACCAAGGUAUGAUCACUGCAGUGGGUCUCUCCAAUCUGCAGUUUGUGGACAUGAAUUCCUCCCGCAAUCUUUUUAUCCUCGGUUUUGCAAUGUUUUUUGGGCUUACCGUUCCAAACUAUUUAGAUACACGUCCAAAUGCUAUCAAUACAGGCAUUGCUGAAGUGGACCAGAUAUUAAGAGUCCUUUUAACCACAGAAAUGUUCGUUGGUGGCAGCAUUGCAUUUAUAUUGGACAACACUGUUCCAGGGACUCAAGAGGAACGUGGCUUAGUACAGUGGAAGGCUGGAGCAUAUGCCAACAGUGACGAAUCUGCAAAACUGAAGAGUUACGAUUUUCCAUUUGGGAUGGGUCUGAUUAAAAGGACUCACUGGUUAAAGUAUGUACCAGUCUGCCCUGUUUUCAAAGGUUUUAAGUCAAGAACAAAGAAAGAUCCUGCUAUAUCAGAACAAGUAAUCGAUACAGUGGAUGAAUCAGGGAUGUGUACCAAAGUUUGAAGGGGUUCUUCAUUGUAUAAUGAAAAGUUAACAACAGAGACUGCAGAAACGUUUAGCUGUAUUGAAACUAUCCCCGUGAAAAUGUCUCAGAUCAGUCAAGGUCAAUGACUGAAACACAUCAGAGGGCAUCUGUGUGCUAUUCAAGAACUUUUAUUCUUCUGUAUCACAUUCUGUUAGGAAAACUUGAUUUAAGAGUUCACCUAAGCACUGUUGAAACUCACUAAUUCAGAGGCAAUAAUUUUGCUCAUUUUGAUUUGAAAGUAUCCAGUGUGAGUUUAGAAGGAAAGCAGAUAUUUUCUUGAUGUUGGAAGACAUUUAUUUGAAGACUGCCAGAUCUGGGCCACAAAAUCCAGAUGAUGGUAAAUGAAAAAGAUACACGAAAUAUUAUUUCUUCCCAUCCAGAUCUUAACAGUCUGGAUCUGAUGGAGCUGACCAUGUGUGAUCCAAGGUCAAAUUACCUAAUUAUGUGACAUUCAUUCAUACUCACAUGCAAGUAAAACCUUGAUUUUACUGACCAGGUUUUUUUUGGGAGGAGGGGGGGGAGUGUGGGGACAACAAUGUCCAUAAAAGUGUAAUGUCUGUGAAAUACAAUAAUUAAUAUAUAUAUAUUUAUGUCAAUGGUUGUUUGUCAAUUUCUGUCAAUUGUGUAAUGAAGCAAAUUAUAUCAAUUGUUGGGACAGUGCCAUAAACAACAUUUUUUUCCUACUGUUUGGGGGUAAUAGCUGAACUAAAAUAUUGCCCGUAACAUUCGGAAUCAAAAAUUGAGGUUAAGCAGUUUUGCCUUAGUAAGUCAGAAAAAACUUUUGUUAAACUAUUAAUAGGUUUUAGAUAAAUCUUAUCAAGAUUUUCUUCACAAGUACAUGUAUUAGAUGUGAUUCCAGGAAUCAAAUUGCUUUUAUAUAUAAACAUAUGAAAUGGUGCAAACACCCAAGGUCCAUUCAUCUUUUUACAAUCAUUCACAUAUUUGUCUCAUAGAGACAACCAGUAAAGGCUGAAACCUAAGAGGAAAUUUUAAGAAAUCUGAACUGGUAGUUUAGUAGUUAAAACAAAGGAAAUGGGAAACCGGUCCUAUUGUCAAAGUAAACUUUUAGCAUCUUUCGCCAUUAACAUGGUGGGAAGGUAGCUUGGGUUGAGAUUCAAUGACAUGUGAAGAGGCCCAAACCCCAUACCAUACCUAUUCAAGUAUUUUGUAUACUUGACAAAGAUAAACAAUUAUUAUUAUUAUUCCCUUCAUGUACUGAAGUACAUGAAGGGAAUUAUAAUUCAGAACAUAUGAAGUGCAGCACAUUGAAGAACAGUGACUUACAUUAUUAAAAUACAGUACAAGUAGUCCUCAACUUACAAUAGUUUACUUAGUGGCCGUUAAAAGUUAAAACGGUACUGAAAAAAGUGACUUAUGACUAUUUUUCAUACUUAUGACCAUUGCAGCCUCCCCAUGGCCAC